AUGGUCGUCAAGAAGGUUGUCGUGACAAAAGAGACAACCUGGAAGAGAGAUGGGAAUAAGAAGAAGAAGAAGGAGAGAGAAGAAGUCAAUAAGAAAAGAGGUGAGGUGGAGUGCAGUGGUCUCGGAGUAGACACUCAUGCGAACAUAGGCUCCCCACACUCACCAAGGCACACGGCUAAUGGUGGAUUUGAUCACAAGGGAACCAAGAUCUCGGCCGUACAUUACCUAGGUGUCGCUGGUGUGUGCGCUGAGCCACAAUCCGCUGCCCGAUCCUGGCGUGGAAUACUGUGUAUGCCGUACGGUGUGUACGGCGUUUACAAUACACCGUCACGGGGGUUGAUGUCACUGCCCGAUGCCCUACGACACGCGGCCUGGAGCCACCUUGCUGCCAUCCUCAAGCCCCAUUUGAUCCGCAUAAAGCGUCAAGCAUAA